UCUCUCCAUACCACGUUACAUUCGGCACAACGCCAGCUUUCUGCUUAGACCCGCUUUCCCUCUUUUCUAAAAUCUUCCUCAAACCUGACUGUUAAAAAUGGGCGAAGACAUCAAGCUAACCGUGGAAGGAGAAAGCACCAGCCCAGCGUUUGAGUCUAGAAAUAUCGAUGUCGGCCAGCGAGAUCCCCUCAAUAUCAAUGACCAUUUGAAGGUUACCUUCGAAGAUAUCAUUGCUGAGCCAGAGCAGACCACAUACAGUUUCGACAAAGUCUGGAUUCUCAGUUAUAAGGUUUUCACCAGCACCAAGCUGUGGUGCUACCGAAUCACCUCUCUGCUCUGCGCCAUCCCCGCUAUGAUCUUCUGGGGUAUUUACUUCGCAUGCCUUGCUUUCUGCACGAUCUGGUGUUGCGUCCCCUGCUACAAGGCCUUCGGCAUUGAGCUGCACUGCGCCAAGAAAAUCUUCCAGACCGUAUUGGGUGCCUUCUACGAGCCAUGUUGGGCUGCCAUUGGAAAAUGCUGGUCAAACAUCCGGGUGACAAUGGUCAAAGAGUAAAUCCACCGAGAUGUCUGCAGAAGAUUAACGAAGGAUGUUUUCUUUUGAGGGGGUAUAGAUUUAUUAAAUACAGGUUUCAUAUCACAAGUCUAUGUAACUUAUCCUUUGCCGGUAGGAUACAACCGGGAGCCUUUCGAUUCCCUACCUUCCUAACCACAAUUGAUCUCAGUUGGUGAGUGAUUGGUCAAGUCCAGGACUGGCGCAACUGAGGAAAAGUGUGGCGAUUCACGUGACAGACUAUAAAACAUUGCCGGUUGUUCCGCAUGGUUCUUCUUCAUCGGAACCCACUCAUGGAAGGCCGUGCAUCUUGCCGCGAUAUCGGUGAAGCGAGGGCCUGCAGUCCUUCUUAACAAAUUUUCGAUUCGAUUGUGCCAACCAAAGUCGAACCAAGCGGAGCAACUUGCAAUGCGUAGUCUAUGACCCGUAUUCCACUUCAGCGGUAAACCGCGGCGGUACUCGCUGCAGUGAAAUCGGGCCUAUAUGCUCUUGAAAGAGGUAAAUCCGAUGUCCGCAAACCUUUUUUGUGCACACCUUUACUAUGUACAUGUAAUUCCAUCGGAGCACCGAACUAUACACCAACUCUUAGUGCUGGCCCGGCAUCAUCUCGCGCUACCCCCUCUUUGCAUUUUUACCACUCCUCCGCCGUACUUCUCCUGAAGAUUGAAAAAUUCAACAAAUAAUGAUGGGGAAAAGUCCACUGGUUCCACUGGUUCGGGAGUGUCUUUUCAACCAAUUGAAAUGUCCUGUGUAUAACCGCACAUACGACUACUAUUGUACAACGCAUGAAAGUGUACCUCGCUGUCGGCUUCCACCAGCUUUUAGGUGUAAUUGCAUUGUUUUGUUAGCUGUUCUUUUCCGUCACCCUUUCUAAAAGAAAAAAACUGUUAGCCGGCCUUUAUAGGAUUUUACUUGCUUUUUAUUUCGACUUCAAGCAAGAAUACUGGGACCCUAAUAGGAUGUUCAUUGAUAUAUCGGUUCAUCUUCACUUCAAUUAUCUUUACAUUAUAUUCACUAAGACUUAAGAAGUUCGCCGUAAUUUUCAGAAACGUAACCAAACGAUUGCAUUGGACAAUCAACCUCCAAUUUAAUCAACCCAACCCAUUGUCUGAAUUGGGUAAAAUCAAAUGCUAAAUAUGCAUUGUCAAAUGAUCCUUCGCGCUCUAAUCUACCUUCUUGAUUUAAUUCAUUCUCCAAAGCGGCGAUAAUAUUCAAGCAUAUUAGGAUACCGCCUCAUCACACUACUGUACGUACACCCUCGCCAUGCCAGGUGGCAAUCAUCCCGAUUCUCUCCCCGGGAAAUUGGGUUGAAUGUCGUGCAUGGUUGUGCUCCUGCAUGUCUGUAUACAAUUGUAAUAUUGUGUCAAAUGUUGUUGAAUAAACUCCACUGUUA